AUUUAGUUUCUACCAUUUGGCUCUAAAGUUUCAUACAAAACGCACAAAGCAUAAAAAUGUUGCAAAAUGGAAAAACCAUUUCGUUAUUAUAGUCAGAACUCCAACCAACCGCUAAAUGAAGACUUUCAUUUAGAAGAUGAGAUUGUUCGAAAUUCAAAAAGAAACUACACGUUUAGCAGAGAUCCUGAUUCCAAUAGAGCAUAUCAGCGGUACAUGGGAAUCCUCAUUCGUGUGCAAAAUUCCUUGCAUCGAAGAUCUCUCCCCAGUAGCACUCUAAAUAUUCAGGCCUCCCGUAGCCGUAUCUCAGGAGGUGGAUUCUGCAGGAAAUCCAAAAAAACCGAAAAGGUAAAAAAAAAUACAAAUAAGCAAAACAAAACAGCUCAGCCUUUAUGCGAAGCCGCUAAGCCCGCGACGCAAACUGAUUGCACCACGAAUGAUGAAGCUUCCUGUCAGUGCAACCAAAGUGCAUCGGAUGAAAGCCCGAAAUGCCACUGCAGUUCUAUGCCGGAACCCAAUGAGUGUCCAUGCUGCGUUGGACAUGAGCAGGACAAGCGCAGGAACUGCGUGUCCUUUCAAGAGCCCGUGGCCAAGGAUAUUCCCCCAUAUGAUCUGCACUUCCGGGACUGCUCAUGCAUGGAGCUCGAUGAAUCAUGUCCGCCCCCACAGGGGAAUAUCCGAACUUGUACCCAUGAACCGCCGAAAGCGCUAGCACACCAAAAAAUGACGGAGACAUCCAGGAACCACGCAGGUUCACGACUUUGCAUGAGACCGGUGAUUGUGGUGCCCACGGGUGGGGGAACUACACAAUUCAAGAAGCAUCAACCCAAGAAUUCCAAAGUGGCUAGCGCAGAUCACUCCAAGUCGCAGUCUGCAGCUCACUCAAAUAGUUCUAAAAACUCCUCAAAGCACCAAGCAAAGGGCCAUUCCCCUGAUAAGUCUUGUAGCUGUAAUGAUCCUUCAGCAAGUUCCUGCCAGCCUACAAUGGAAAUCGAAGAGACUUGUUCAAUUUCAAGCUGCACUCCCAAUAUCGAGGAAUUUGCUCAGUGGCAGUGCACAGAUCCAGUGUGUUGCUACUAUUUAGCAGAAGAGCCCCAUUGCUCGACGAAUCCACCUCCCUGUACCAACUGCCCGGCUAUAUGCGACUUAUCCAAGCAGUUGGAGGAAAUGAAUCGUCGUUUGGAGGGUCUUCAGAGCCAGGAACUCUGCGACAUCCGCUCGCAGGUGCACAGCCUCAAUGCGAAUGUACAAAGUUUGGCCAAUGAGUGUAUUCAGAAAAAGGAUUGCGCCAAGAAGCUGGUCACGAAAGCGUCGAGCACCUGCCAGUUUUGCAAGGGGCAGUGUUUGCACAUCCUUGAUAGCUUCCACCGCCAACUGAUGGACUCCAUUAGGGAUCGUUGCCUGACAGACAUUGUAAUAACCUUGUUCCUACGAGCCGAUAAUGUGUAUCACGUAAAUGUGAGGGAUCUGAGCACUGAAUGCUCCCUUGGUUGCUUCCUGGUCACUGAUGCGGCCAUCGAGGAGGCCAUGGAGAUGGGAGUCUUCCAGGAGAUACUCACCUUCAGCGUAAUUGAUGUGCGGAAUACCAUCAAGUCGAAGAACUGCGCCUUGGGCAUCUCCUUUGAAUUCCAUCAUGGCAGUCGGCAGUGCGGUGGUUGUGAUUCUCCACUUCGUGGAACCUGUAUGGCGGGCAAGGAGUACAUGGCCAGGAUUCUCGGUCUUCCUAUUCAGCAGCUGGAGUACUUGUACUCCGUUCCACAAACCUAUGCCAAGAACACUGAGCACAAUUCCAGGAAACCCAGUAGACAUUCGGAAGUCGAGUUCCCUAGAGCUCAGUCGCACUCAGUUUCUACUCAAACGAGAUUGAAGAGAAAAUUAAAAGCUACAAAGGAAAUGAUCAAUAUGGAUGCAGAUAGACUGGGAUUGGAAAGCGAGACAAGAAGCUAUAUAAGGAGCAGAAGAGCACAGAGUAUACCCGCAGCUAGAAACCAAGGAAUUUUAUUUUAAAUUGUAGCAACAGACUUUGAAAAGCCAACUUACCACUUAUUUUUUAAAUAUUUUAAUAAAAGGCAAGCUGUUUUUAGAUACAAGUUUAAA